AUGGCCCCGCGCGGCGCGGCGCCGAUCCUGCCGCUGGCGUUCGCUCUGACCGCCGUGGCCACGGUGUCCUGGGCACGGGGACCGUCGGGCACGCUUUGGUCCCGGCAGGGCUGCGCCGCGCUGGGCCGCUGCUGCCCGGGCCGUGACCCGACCUGCGCGGCCCGCGGGCCCCCUCGCUGCUUCUGCGAUCAGGCGUGCAGAGAGGUCCGGGACUGCUGCCCCGACUACGCGCGGGCCUGCCCAGUCCCUGCUCUGAUAACCACAGGCAGCUACGGGAAAGAACGAGAAAAGCGAGGUGUUCCCAAGAAGCAGGAGACAAUAGGGGGCAGGUAUGGGGAGCCAGAACCAGGCAUCCUGAUUGAUUGCCCCUCCAAGACCACCACGUACUGCGUCCAGUUCCGGCUGGGGCCCGUUCCAGGGAGCUGCCAGCAGGUGAGGGCGCCCCAUACCCAGUGGACAAUGUAUCUGACCCAGGGCCACACAGUUUGUGUGAGGUGUGAGUGGCCUGCCCAGGAUGCCAGGAGCCGGCGCUGCUACGGGGAUGGUGGAGGGGCCGGAGGGCACCAGCUGUCGCUGUGGCAAGCAGCCGACCACCCCCGGUGCCGAGGGACCUGGGAGAGGCUUGGGCAGCUCCGGGACUGUUCCUGCCCCGAGGUCCACAGCCUCGUCUUCCUCUAG